AGGGGCGGAGUUUCCCAUUCAGGAUCAGGAUUUUCCCACUUGUGGGCGUGGUUUCUGCGUAGGGGGCGGGGUUAUUUUUGCGGGGGCGUGGUUUGCGGCACGGGGGCGGGGCUCUGGCGAGGCCACGCCCCCCUGAGAGCGCCCCCCGCAGGCCAAGGACAGCGACGAUGAGGAGGAGGUGGUGACGGUGGACAGGGACCACUUCAUGGACGAGUUCUUCGAGCAGGUGGAGGAGAUCCGGGGCUGCAUCGAGAAGCUCUCGGAGGACGUGGAGCAGGUGAAGAAGCAGCACAGCGCCAUCCUGGCCGCCCCCAACCCUGAUGAAAAGACCAAGCAGGAGCUGGAGGACCUGACGGCCGACACCAGCCAUCGAGCAGAGCAUCGAGCAGGAGGAGGGGCUGAACCGCUCCUCGGCCGACCUGCGCAUCCGCAAGACGCAGGUGGGGCCUUCAUCAUCCUCAUCAUCGUCAUCGUCGUCGUCGUCGUCAUCAUCAUCGUCGUCAUCAUUGUCAUUAAUUUAAUUGGCUCCAUUUUCAUCAUCAUCGUCAUCAUCAUUGUCAUUAAUUUAAUUGGCUUCAUCUUCAUCGUCAUCGUUAUUGUUAUUGUCAUGGAUUCAUCUUCAUCCUCAUCAUCAUCCAUUGUCAUUGGCUUGGUCUUCAUCAUCAUCAUCAUCAUCGUCAUUGUCAUCAUCAUUAACUUCAUUGGCUUCAUCUUCAUCAUCUUAAUUAACUUUAUUGGCUUCAUCGUCAUCAUCAUCGUCAUUUGGUCAGCGCCCGCUGACCGCUGCAAGGACCGGAUCCAGAGACAGCUCGAGAUCACCGGCCGGACCACGACCAACGAGGAGCUGGAGGACAUGCUGGAGAGCGGCAAGCUGGCCAUCUUCACCGACGACAUCAAGAUGGACUCGCAGAUGACCAAGCAGGCGCUGAACGAGAUCGAGACGCGGCACAACGAGAUCAUCAAGCUGGAGACCAGCAUCCGCGAGCUGCACGACAUGUUCGUGGACAUGGCCAUGCUGGUGGAGAGCCAGGGCGAGAUGAUUGACCGCAUCGAGUACAACGUGGAGCACUCGGUGGAUUACGUCGAGCGCGCCGUGUCCGACACCAAGAAAGCCGUCAAGUACCAGAGCAAGGCCCGGAGGGUCAGCGGCCAAACUGGGGAUACUGGGAGGGACUGGGAUGGACUGGGAGGG